CCAAAGGCUCACUGCCAUGUACACAGCAGGCACGCAGUGGCUGCUUGGUGAAGGUAAAUGCAGAUUCCAGAGCCAGGAAUGCUGGGCAUGAACCUUUCUCUCCCGCUUCCAACAAAGCCAGCUGCACAGCAACAGGGUCAGGCAUAGCAGUUCUUCGAGGGAAAUUCACAUUCAUCCAGUUCCUCCCUGGAGGUUUACCUCCCACCCCACCCCCUUAACGGCCAGAAUCCACAACAGUCACGUAGUUUCCAGCUGCGGACACAGAGACGACUGCCCAAGGCCACUUAAUUGUGGCAGAGAACAAGCUCUCACUGCAUCCGGGUUUUGUGGAUAAACAAUCUCCUCCAGGGUAACCAGAGCUUAAUGGAUGCGCCGCAGGUAGAAGGCGCUCUUCUACCCUCCCUCGGAGAACGAGGCGCAGAGGAGGGGUGGGGGCAGCGGUGGUUAAGGAGACCCUUCCUCCUGGCCGCAAGUCCGCGUCGCUAUUAAGGCAACUGGCGGCGGGCGGGAGGGGAUCGAACAAAGGGUUGCGACGCGUGGUCCUCAGGGACAGCACAGCGAGUCCCUUGGAUGGGCGCGCGCGCCUACCCUGAGGAGAAUCCACCUCCGGCCCGCCGUGGGGACCCAGCGGGCACCCCCUCCGCCGCUGCAUACCCGGAGCGGGAUGGCGACCGCCGGGCAGCGAGAGGUGGCCCGGUGCCCCUGCCCUGCCCAGCACCUGCCCCACGUUCCUCCCGACCAAAGGACAAGGAGCCCAGGCUUCUUUCUCUCCGAAGGGCAGCUCGCUCGGGAAAGUCCCCACAGGCGAGGGGCCGGACUGGCAGAUGUGAACCGGGAUGCGGGAGUGACGCGCGAGGGACGGGGCGAGUGGGAGGGGGCCCAGACUCGGGUGGCGCCCCGGCACCGCGCGCCCGUUCCCAGCUGGGCAGUGGAGCCCGGGGCCCGGAGAAGUAGCCGGGCGAGUGCGUGGUUCUGGCGCCGCGUGAGUUCCCCACUGGCUGGUCUGAAAAGCCAUCUUUGCAUUGUUCCCGUGCCCGGCUCUCCGCUCGCCGCAGCCGCCUCCGCCGCGCGCCUCUUCUGCCGCCGCGGACUCCGGCAGCUUUGUCGCCAGAGUCCUUGGACUCCCGCUUCCUUUUUUAUCCGCUGCAUCGGAUCACCGGCGUGCCCCAUCAUGUCAGACGCGGCCGUGGACACCAGCUCCGAGAUCACCACCAAGGACUUAAAAGAGAAGAAGGAAGUCGUGGAGGAGGCGGAGAAUGGGAGAGAGGCCCCUGCUAAUGGCAAUGCUAAUGAGGAAAAUGGGGAGCAGGAGGCUGACAAUGAGGUAGAUGAAGAAGAGGAAGAAGGUGGGGAGGAAGAGGAGGAGGAGGAGGAAGGUGAUGGUGAGGAAGAGGAUGGAGAUGAAGAUGAGGAGGCUGAGGCAGCUACAGGCAAACGGGCAGCUGAAGAUGAUGAGGACGACGAUGUGGACACCAAGAAGCAGAAGACCGAUGAGGAUGACUAGACAGCAAAAAAGGAAAAGCUAAAACUUAACAGAAAAAAAAAAAAAAAAAAGGCCACCGUGACCUAUUCACCCUCCACUUCCCGUCUCAGAAGAAUCCUAAACGUGGUCACCUUCGAGUAGAGAGUCGCCUGCCCGCCCGCCCACCGCGGGCAGCGCCACCCGCAGAUGACGUGCGCUCUCCACCACCCCACCAAAACCACAACGUGAAUUUGCCACAGGGAAGGAAAGAAAGAACCAAAACUUCCAAGGCCCUGCUUUUUUUCUUAAAGUACUUUAAAAAGGAAAAUUUGUUUGUAUUUUUUAUUUACAUUUUAUAUUUUUGUACAUAUUGUUAGGGGUCAGCCAUUUUUAAUGAUCUCGGAUGACCAAACCAGCCUUCGGAGCGUUCUCUGUCCUACUUCUGACUUUACUUGUGGUGUGACCAUGUUCAUUAUAAUCUCAAAGGAGAAAAAAAACCUUGUAAAAAAAGCAAAAACCACAACAAAAAAAAAAACAAUCUUAUUCCGAGCAUUCCAAUAACUUUUUUUGUGUAUGUACUUAGCUGUACUAUAAGUAGUUGGUUUGUAUGAGAUGGUUAAAAAGGCCAAAGAUAAAAGGUUUCUUUUUUUUCCUUUUUUUUGUCUAUGAAGUUGCUGUUUAUUUUUUUUUGGCCUGUUUGAUGUAUGUGUGAAACAAUGUUGUCCAACAAUAAACCGGAAUUUUAUUUUGCUGAGUUGUUCUAACAAA